AUGAGGUAUCACACAGCUGUGUUUUCCUGUAUCCUCUUUGCGCUCCUGUGGCCCGGUCCGACAGAGUCCGCACAAUGGACCUGUGCCACAUGUAAGGGUAUCACGGAGAGGUUCGCCGAGAAGUACGCGGAGACAGAGAAGGGAGGUUACGGAGGGGGAAACACCGACUGGGAGGAGACAUACCUCAAGGAGUACAGGAGAAGCGAGGUUCGCCUGUUGGAGAUCAUAGAACAGCUGUGUAAGCAUGACAACCAUGCCUGCCACGCCCUGGUGGAGGAACAUGAGGAACUGCUGGAGGAGUGGUGGCAGAAAGAUGAGAGUCCUCAUGACAACUUGUACAAGUGGCUGUGUAUAGACCAUGUUAAAACAUGCUGUCCCAACAACACAUGGGGUCCAGGAUGUAGAGAUUGUCCCAUUGGGCGAGAGAAAGUCUGCUCUGGCCAUGGAAAGUGUGAUGGUGAAGGGACAAGGGAAGGCACUGGAGCCUGCACUUGUGACAAAGGGUACCAGGGGGCGCUCUGUGAACAGUGCUCCAUUGGUCACUAUGAGGAGUACAAGAACACCACACAUGUGAGCUGCAAAGGCUGCCAUUAUGGGUGUAACAUCACCUGUAAGGGUCCCGGACUGGAGGGCUGUCUGGCCUGUCACAAGGGGUACAACUAUGUGCAGGGGCAGGGGUGCAUAGACGUUGACGAGUGUCAGAGAGAGACUCCUGCUCCGUGCCCCCAGGGAUUUUACUGUACCAACAUCGUCGGCGCACACAAGUGUUUCAAGUGUAACGAGGCCUGUGACGAGUGUUUUGGACCGGAGGCAAACGAGUGUAAGAAGUGUCGGGAGAACCACGUCCUGCUCGAGGGAGAAUGUAAAGAAUGCGACCCCUUGUGUAAAGGCUGUAAAGGAGUCGGUCCAGAAAACUGUGUGAAAUGUGACGAGGGGAAGUUAGCGGACAUGGUGGACGGAGUUUGUAUAGAGUGUGCCCCUGCCUGUCACGGCUGCACCGGUCCUGGACCUGAAAACUGCAAAAGGUGCAGGAUGGGAUUCAAGCAGAACAAGCAAGGCGUGUGUGAGGAUGUUGAUGAGUGUAAGACGAUAUGCAGGUUACAGCACGAAGUCUGCACCAACACCAUCGGCUCCUACGAUUGUGAGUGUGAGGAGGGAUAUGAGAGAAAUGUACGGGAUGCCUGCGUCAUGAAAAUUCCAGGCCAAGAAGACAAACCCAAGAGGUCCCAGUUCGACAAGUACAUGAAGCCGAAUAAGCACCCCAAAAAGAUGCUGACAGGCAAGCUUCGCGUGGAAUUAUGACGAAGUAAUUUCUAAUAAGAGGAAAUGAGUCGGUAAUCGCCGCCCGUUGCUAUAUAAUAGUGGUUCCGUAUUUAUUGUAGCCAUGGGGUCUUUGUGAGAUGGAUAUCAUUCCAUAGCUAGUUGACGUAAGGAGGUCGUAAUGAAGCUAUUAUAUGUUGAAGAAAUGAGCGUCAUUACAUCCCAUCUCAUGACGUGGCUACCACCACUGUGCAUUUCUAUAUGUAACCGGGGACAACGGAAACACUCUU